UUACAGACUUUAUGGUCUGUAAGCAUAUUUAAACACAACUGAGCCCAAGCACAUUCUAACCUAUUUGCGCCUUGUCUUUACAGCCAGAACCAGUACCUGCAACUGACUGAAGACACUAUGCAGCAACUGAUGGUGAAAUCUGUAGUCAGGACAACACAAUGAAAUCUUGGGCUGCUGUUUUUGGCCAUCUCCACAGUAACCCUUAUACUUUUAACAAAUACACCUUUGACUCAUUCACUUGCACUGGCAUUUUCUAUUUUGUGCUUAAAACAUGAAUUAGGGCAUUGCAAAAACUAUUUAAGCUAUAGCUUUCUUUUUUAUUCUCAGACACAGUCAUUAUCUCCUGGUGAAAAACUCUUACCUGCAGAGAUGUAUUCCGAAUGCUUAACCGAGUGACAGGAUGUGCACAUGCACAGGGAACGCUGCCAGUACUGCCAGUGACAUGGCCCUGGCUUCACAUGACUUGCCUGGGAGGGGACAGCCAACUCCUGCCUGGAAACACACCCCUGACUCCUUUGCUUAAACCCUCAUAAAGUUCCCGCAGCAGUAGUGAAAGGUGAGGAGUUGAACUCUGGGCUCUGGAUAAACACAAAGGACCUCUCCUAGGCUACGCUUAACAGGAGAAACUGUAGUUGCCUUCAGAUCUGUGCGCUGCUUGGCAAGGUAGGAGCCCCACCAGACACAUCUAGUCUUCUCUCUUUCCAUACAGCACGGCUGAUAUGCAACUUCAGGGGUGACCAGUGUAUUCCAUCUUUCUGACAAGCUGCAAGAGGAGUACUCCCAGGAGGCCUGCUAUCAUCAUAAAGAUGAAGAGAGACUCUGGAUACUCCACCAUGGCUGCACAGCAGAAACAGGAAGAGAAGCUCUGGGAUGCUGUGAAGACCUCUGCCUUGGUCCUCGGUACAGGCCUGCUCAUAUUCACUGCUUUUAUGAACUCUGCUUCUUGGUGGGUACAGAAGAUCUGGGAGACUUCAGGCAAUUUCUGGCAAACAGCAUGGCUAAAUCUUUACAACCUGUUUGAGGGAAGGGAAUGGUCACUCUUCCUCUUUGGGGCUGCGUUGGUUCCUAGCCUUGCUUUCUGGUGCUUCAAUGGAAUCCUUAUGGUGGCUGAUGUAACAGGAAAGCCAACUUUCAUUACUCGGUAUCGCAUUCAGCUGGGCAAGAAUGAUCCCGUGGACACCAAAAAAUUGCAACAAGCCAUCUACACAGCACUGUUUAAUCAGUUCUUCAUCUCCUUGCCCAUGCUUGUGCCCAUGUUCUAUGUCAUGAAAUGGUGGGGCAACACCUUCAGCAAGGAAUUACCCACCUUCCAGCGGUUUCUUGUCGAGCUGGGCAUCUUUACCAUAACCGAGGAAAUUCUCUUCUAUUAUUCACACAGGCUUGUUCAUCUGCCCCUCCUGUACAAGCACAUUCACAAGAAGCACCACGAGUGGACAGCCCCCAUUGGCGUGGUCUCCAUUUACGCUCACCCAUUAGAGCACAUACUCUCCAACACGUUGCCUGUCAUGACUGGCCCGAUGAUCAUGGGGUCUCACAUUGUUUCAAUCGCAGCGUGGUUCUCCCUUGCUCUUAUAACAACCAGCAUUUCGCACUGCGGCUACCACCUGCCCUUCCUGCCGUCGCCGGAAUUCCACGACUUCCACCACCUCAAGUUCAACCAGUGUUACGGAGUCCUGGGAGUACUGGAUUAUCUGCAUGGAACAGACACGGUGUUCAGGCAAACCAAAGCCUACGAGAGGCACAGGGUCCUCCUCAGCCUCACACCUCUCUCAGAAAGCAUCCCGGAGACACCCAAGAGGGCAGAGUGACCUCCAACCCUGCAGCCUGCAUUCUUGCAGAGCCCAGUGACAAGGAGAGCUGGAGACAAUUUAUGCCAAAUAGUACCUUAAUAGGGAAACA